AGUUUUGAAGCUGUUGGUGGAAAAACUAUUCACUGUUAUCACUUGCGGCCAGGCUGUCUCACGAAACACAAGCUGCCGGCAAGAACAAUACAUCAACAAAAUCCUGACUGAACUGGAGAACCUGCCGUCUGCCAGGUGUCCUCAUCAAGGCCCAAGGAUGGGCAGCCUUAUCCUUCUGAUUGUUGCUGUACUCCCUUCGCUUGUCUCGUCGAUAGUAAACGACUUGUCGUGUGAAUACCGACCAACCGCUGGCACAGGAGAGUACACCUUCGAUACAAACGUCCUGAACGAUGGCGAGUUCUCCUUCUCCUUCAAGGUGUUGACCAACAGUGACGUAAGAAUCAUGCUGUCCCCCUAUGCAGAGGAGGACACUGCAGCAUACGUCAUCACUAUCGGGCAAAACAACCUGCUGACCACUAUCAAGAGGUACGAUGGUUCCGUACUGGUAUCGCACUCAGUCGCAGACGAAAGCCCUUUCCGCGAGAGUGAACUGCGCUGCAUGGAUCACUGCAUGAAUGGCUACUGGAUCUGUUUUCAGAGCGACACGAUCAAACUAGGACGAGCAGGUGAUAGCGCCCCCUAUUUGGAGUACCAAGUACCAUCUGGUGAGACCUUCAACCCUCGGUACGUGGGUUUUGCCACCGGCAGUACCAACAUUGGGCUGUUUGGAGACUUCCGUUUUGCUGACGAGUGUGUCAGCCAAGGCUCAGGCUCAGAACUGGGAGGGACGACCACUAAACAACCAAGGGACUGUAGGAACGUCGACUGUGGCGAUACGACCUGCGCCUUUGGCUUCAAAACGGACAGUAAUGGUUGUCAAACUUGUGACUGCAAAGACUCGCCUUGCGAUCCCCUAUCUUCUUGCACGGAAACUUGCAAGCAUGGACAUGAGAAGAACGAGUACCAGUGUGAAACGUGCACCUGCACACCAGGGCCUUGCGAUGACGACCCAUGCCAGAACGGAGCUUACUGUUACGGUAUAGGCAGCAAUGACUACGGCUGCUAUUGCAUGGAGGGCUAUUCAGGAAAAAACUGCGAGGAAGAUGUACAGGAGCCAAGCAUUAAAUGCCCAGGGAACAUGAACCAGACCACAGACGAAGGCGUCGGGUUUGCCUCGGUCACCUACCCGGAGGUCACUGCCACCGAUAACUCCGGGCAGGAACCGUCCAUCAGUUGCACACCUAACACAGCUACCUUGCCCGUGCGCUCCAACCUAAUCCAGUGCGUUGCCACCGAUGACAGCAAUAACAAGGCCUCCUGCUCUUACACAAUCUUAAUCACUGAUGAGGAACCACCAAAGCUUACCUGUUCAGACCCGAUAAAUAGACCUACAGACAGUGGUGAACCAUUUGCCACAGUUGACUAUGACCUGCCCUUGGUGGAAGAUAAUUAUGCUGCUUCCGGGGUGUCAUCUUGUGACAAAGAUCAAGACUACAAAUUCCCCAUUGGGGACACUGAGGUCACGUGCACAGCCCUCGACUUGUAUGGCAAUGAAGGAAAAUGCUCCUUUAAUGUCACGGUUUCCGACCAAGAACCACCCAAGUUUGAAUGUCCACUUCCCAUGCUGGAUGAAACUCUGGAUCAGGGUGAGUCUUUUGCCACCGUCGACUACACUCUACCAGACGUCACCGACAACGUGGACUCGGACCUCACAGUCAGCUGCACUGAAGGGCCAGGAUCCCAAUUUCCCGUCGGCGAAUGGACUGUUACCUGUAGUGCCAUUGACAAGGCUGGCAAUUCAAAGGAAUGCUCAUUUCCUGUUGAAGUUGAGGAUGACCAACCCCCAAAACUCGUGUGCCCAGAUCUGAUCAGCAACACUACAGACCCUGGCAAGGCCUAUGCCACAUUGCAGUAUUCGCUGCCCCAAGCAGUCGACAACGCUGACCCCAAACCGGCCGUCUCCUGCGAGUUAGGACCCGGUUCUAAAUUUUGGGUCAAGCCCAAUACAGUUGUCUGCACAGCCACUGACAAAUACGGGAAUUCCAACACUUGCGACAUUACAGUUGAAAUCAAAGACGAGGAGUUGCCCAAGAUCACUUGUCCAGAACCCAUGGAAAACGUGUCCGUUGACACUGGGAAAGCGUACGCCACUGUGGACUACGCCCCAUCAGGAGUACAAGACAAUGAAGACCGUACGCCGGACGUGUCUUGUGAUGGACCGAAAGAUUCACAAUUUGACAUUGGAGAAAGCACAGUCACAUGCACAGUCACGGACAGGUCUGACAACAGUGCCAGUUGCUCCUUCACCAUUAAUGUCAUAGAUGACGAAAAGCCCAAGAUUAUAUGUCCGAUACCCAUGCCGGAUGUUAAAACCGAUACUGGCAAGCGGACUGCUACUGUGGACUAUGGUGAAGCUACAGCAACUGACAAUGCGGAUCCCAAUCCCGAAGUGACAUGCGAUAAGGGCACGAAUACAGAGUUUGGGAUUGGUACUACUACUGUCCGAUGCAAGGCCAUAGACGACGCCGGCAAUAAGAAGGGAUGUAAAUUUGACGUCACCGUUGAAGAUGAUGAAGAACCCACGCUGGAAUGCCCUGAAUCCAUGGAUCCCCCAACCGAUGAGGGCAAGUCGUUCGCUACCGUGGAGUACCCUCCUCCAGCUGUGUCGGACAAUGUUGAUGCUUCUCCAAAAGUCACCUGCUCUGAAACAACCGGUUCAGAAUUUUCAUUUGGACCAACGACAGUUGAGUGUACAGCCGUUGACUCUUCUAUGAAUGAAGCAACGUGCAAUUUCACAAUCAACGUGAAAGAUACUGAGAAACCAGAGCUUGACUGUCCCAUUGUCAUAACUGAGCCUGUGGAAGAAGGCAAGUCCUACGCCAUAGUGGAAUUUAGCCCAAAUGUCUUCGACAAUGUGGACCCUGAGCCACAGGUCAGCUGUACUCCGCCCUCGGGUGAGGAAUUCGACAUUGGCAAGACCGAGGUCACUUGCACCGCCGUUGACGAUGAUGGCAACUUCGACUCUUGCGAUAUUGAAGUCCUAGUUGAAGAUAACGAGGGGCCCAUAAUUAAAUGCCAAAUUCCCAUGCCAAGUUCGGCUGAUCCGGGUUCGUCAUCGACUUUCGUUAACUACAACAUGCCAACGGCAACUGACAAUUCUGGCAAUGUCCCGACGAUAGAGUGCGUACCGCCGAGCGGUUCAGAAUUUACGAUCGGCACAAAAAACGUCACCUGUACAGCUACAGACAGCUCUGGAAACUCCAACCAAUGCUCCUUCGGUGUCAUUGUCAAAGACACGGAAGCGCCAACCUUUGACUGCCCAGAUGAUAUGGCCCCAAGUAUGGACGAGGGCCAGUCGUUUGCCACAGUCUCCUACAAAACCCCAACUGCAGAAGACAACUGGGACAAUGAUCCCCGAGUCACCUGCACCCCAAGGUCGGCCACAACGUUUAACGCUGGAAAAAACACUGUGACGUGCACCGCCAUUGAUACAGCCCGCAACAAGAAGAACUGCACCUUCACUAUUUUUGUAGAAGAUACUGAAGAGCCAAGCAUUACUUGUCCAAUUGACAUGGACGAGCCUACUGAAGUUGGUGUGUCGUAUGCAGUCAUAGACUUCGAGACACCCAAGGCAUUCGAUAAUGCAGAUCCCAGACCAAAGGUUGACUGUGACAGAGUGGCCGACUCACAGUUUGACAUUGGCUCAACUAGUGUCAACUGCACAGCUAGGGACAACGCUGGCAAUGAAGAGACCUGUACUUUCACCAUUGUCAUCAACGAUGAGGAAUCACCGAACAUCACCUGCCCGUCACGAAUGGAUAAAGUAUCUGUGGAUUGGCACCAAGCGUACGCCACUGUGAAUUAUGAUCCACCAACUGUAAGAGAUAACGCCGACCUCAGCCCCAGCGUUUCUUGUGUCAAAGCAUCAGGCUCCGAGUUUGGUCUUGGCGAGACUAUGGUUACAUGUACCGCCUCUGACAAAUACGGCAACUCAAAGUCAUGCAAAUUCCCCAUUAAUGUUGUAGACGACGAGAAGCCAGAGAUCACGUGUCCAGAUCGUAUCGACCAGCCAACAGACCGGGACCAAGACUACGCAACUGUGAUCUACCCUGAAUUCACUGUCAAGGAUUACGUUGAUGAUGAUCUGACAGUAACCUGUCAGAAAUCGUCAGGCUCGAAAUUCUAUAUUGAGGACAACCAUGUCACAUGUACUGCCCGAGACGAUGCUGGCAACGAGGCAUCGUGUACAUUCCCUGUUGUAGUUACAGAUGAGCAGCCACCAAAGCUUACAUGUCCCGUUAACAUGACGAAAUCCUUGGACGAGGGAAAGCCGUAUGCCACCAUUAAAUACACCAAACCGACAGCAACAGAUAAUGUGGAUCCCCAGCCCGAAGUCUCUUGCAACGUUCCUCCAGACUCUGAAAUCUAUGAAUUGGGACUGUUCCCAGUCACUUGUAUUGCCAUUGAUUACGCAGAAAACGCAAACAGUUGCAUGUUCACAGUAGAGGUGAAAGAUGAGGAAAAGCCAAAGAUAACAUGUCCGAUGAACAUGGCACCGUCAACAGACCCGGGCGAAAAGUAUGCUACAAUUCUGUACACCGAGCCCAUAGUAGUGGACAACUUUGAUCCCAGUCCAGAAGUUACGUGUUCCGUUGGACAGUUUGAACAGUUUCAAGUUGGAUCCAAGACAGUUACGUGCACUGCCACCGACAGCAGUGACAACACAAACAGCUGCACCUUCAAGGUUACCGUAGGAGAUACUGAACCACCUAGCAUGCAGUGCAGGGUCAAUAACAUCUAUAAGUUCACCGACAAAGGCAAGGCCACUGCCACCGUGGAUUAUGCCCUUCCAGAUGUGAGUGACAAUGUAGACCCCAGUCCAUCGGUUAGUUGCAACCCUUCUUCCAACACUCAGUUCUCCACUGGCUCCACCACUAUCACUUGCACUGCCACCGACAGUGCUAAUAACGUGAAUGACUGCCAGUUCAGUGUCAUUGUCACAGAUAAUGAGGCGCCGGAACUAACCUGUCCAAACAACACCGUUGAUUUUGUGGAUCCGGGCCAACCAUACGGCACUAUUGCCUACGAUGAGCCAACUGCCAAGGACAAUGCAGACCCCAAUCCAACUGUCGACUGCCAGCCGAAAUCCAACACUCAGUUUAAUAUCGGACAUUCGGGUGUCACAUGUACUGCGACUGACUCUGCCAGUAAUAUGAAACCCUGCACGUUCUACGUCGAUAUUGUCGAUAACGAACCUCCGAGCCUGGACUGCCCGGCUGAUAAGUCCAAAUCGGCCAAUCCGAAACAGAAAUUCACCUAUGUGACCUACGCCACGCCGCUGGGACAGGACAAUUCUGAUACGAAAGUGACUGUGAUCUGCAAACCUACCUCAGGCUCCAAGUUCUUCAUCGGAGAGAACCUGGUUACCUGUACAGCAACUGAUAUCUAUAGCAACAGCAAGUCAUGCCCAUUCACCAUCACUGUGACAGAUGAUGAGGAGCCGGACCUCACUUGUCCUGACCCCAUGAAGAAAUCCACGGAUACUGGAAAGGCAGAAGCAACAGUCAGGUACACCACACCAGCGGUCACGGACAACCUGGACCAGAACCUCACCGCUUCUUGCAAUCCAGAGUCGGGCUCGGAGUUCCAACUGGGACUGAACUACGUCAAUUGCAAGUCCAGUGACAGUUCCGGCAAUGAGGGGUCGUGCGACUUCACCAUAAGAGUCACAGAUGAUGAACCCCCGGAACUUUCCUGUCCAGAUCCAAUGAUAGAGAUCCUUAAGCCGGGCGAAGCCACUGCUGAGGUAUCCUUUGUGGCGAGUGCAACUGAUAACGUGGACUCCAGCGUAAAUGUUGACUGCAAUCCUAAGUCGGGCACAACAUUGGGAGUUGGCGAAACUGAUGUCAUCUGUUCUGCCUCAGAUUCUGCAUUAAACGACAAGACAUGUUCAUUCACCAUUACAGUCGAAGACAAGGAAGAGCCUAAGUUCAAAUGCCCAGUUAACAUGACAGAAACUGUUGAUCCGAGCAAGUCUUAUGCCACCGUCAACUAUACAGUACCAGACGUCACCGACAAUGUGGACUCUAAUCUCCAGGUCAACUGUGUUAAAGAGUCGGGCUCCCGAUUUCCAAUUGGCAAAUCGACGGUUCACUGUUCUGCCACUGACAAGUCUGGCAACUCUAAAAAGUGCUCCUUUACUAUUGAUGUCGGUGACAAUGAAGCACCCAUGUUUGAUUGCCCAAUUGCCAUGAGGGUACCCACGGACACCAAGCAGUCAACUGCUAAGGCGUCCUACACAGUACCAAGAGCAAUUGAUAGUGUAGAAGGUGUGGUCGAUGUAACUUGUACCCCAGCAGUAAACACACCACUCAGUGUCGGAGUACAUACAGUCUCAUGUACAGCCAUGGACUCUGCAGGCAAUACACACACAUGCCCAUUCAAUAUUACAGUCGAAGAUAUUGAAAAGCCUGACAUUACGUGCCCAUUGCCAAUGCCUCCGUUUAAAACUGAUACUGGCAAGGCGACUGCUACUGUGGACUAUGGUGAAGUGACGGCAUCUGACAAUGCUGAUCCUGAUCCCGAAGUGACAUGCACCAAGGACACAAAUAAAGAGUUUGCGAUUGGUACCACCACAGUCAGAUGCACAGCCUCAGACGAUGCUGGCAACAAGAGGUCAUGCAGCUUUGAUGUUGUUGUUGAAGACAAAGAAACGCCCAAAGUGACGUGCCCCGAUGCCAUGGAUAGAACCACUGAUACCGACCAAGCAUAUGCCACAGUACCGUAUACUCCGCCACAGGCAACCGAUAACGCAGACGCCAGCCCGCAGGUAGACUGCAAAGAAGGACCAGGCUCCCAAUUUGGGGCGGGCAAGAACACGGUCACAUGCACUGCCACUGACAAGUAUGGCAACAAAGACUCAUGCUCGUUUCCCAUCAAUGUCAAGGAUGAGGAACCCCCAAAGAUCAAAUGCCCAGAUGACAUGGAAGGUUUGCCUACUGAUAUAGGGAAAGCAUACGCCAUUGUGGACUACAACAUACUAGUCAAACGUGACAACGAGGACCCCGAGCCAAAACUGUCUUGUGACCAAGCUUCAGGUUCAGAAUUCGGCAUUGGAGGGAACAUAGUCCUCUGCACACUCACGGACAGGUCCGACAACAGUGCCAACUGUUCCUUCCGCGUCGAAGUCGUCGAUAUUGAAAAGCCUGACAUUACUUGCCCAUUGCCAAUGCCUCCGUUUAAAACCGAUACUGGCAAGCCGACUGCUACUGUGGACUAUGGUGAAGUAACGGCAUCUGAUAAUGCUGAUCCUGAUCCCGAAGUGACAUGCUCCAAAGACACAAAUACAGAGUUUGCGAUUGGUACCACCACAGUCAGAUGCACAGCCUUAGACGAUGCUGGCAACAAGAAGCCAUGCAGCUUUGAUGUUGUCGUCGAAGAUGAGGAGGAACCGAAGCUGACCUGCCCAAAGAAUAUGCUGAGGCCCACGGACCCUGGCAAGUCAUUUGCGACCGUCCCCUAUGGCAUCCCGUCUGCCACUGACAAUGUUGAUGCCAAUCCCAGCGUCACAUGUGUCAUGGGGCCCGGAUCAGAGUUUUCGUUGGGAAAGACAAAUGUUACCUGCACCGCCAUCGACUCUUCGGAGAACGAAAAGGAGUGCACAUUCACAAUUGAAGUUGAGGAUAAGGAGGCCCCAGAAUUGGAGUGUCCGAUUGUCAUGACUGAACCGGUAGACGAGGGGCAGUCUUAUGCCACAGUUGAAUUUUUGCUGCCCAAAGUGCGCGACAACACAGACUCCGAGCCAGACGUCAAUUGCGAGCCCAGUUCAGGAGAUCAGUUUGACAUCGGAGAGACCCCAGUGUUGUGCACUGCCACCGAUGAUGCCGGCAACGUGGGAGAUUGCUCCUUAACCAUCACAGUGGAAGAUAAUGAGGGGCCAACAAUCACUUGCCAUCCUCCCCCGCCCGAGUCAGCCGACCAAGGCUCGACAAAAACUGCAGUGGAGUAUGAUUCACCAGAUGUAACGGACAACAGUGAUGAACCUCCAAUUGUGGACUGUGAUCCUAAGUCCGGCUCGGACUUUACAAUCGGUUCCACGGAGGUGACUUGUACUGCCACAGAUGGUGCAGGGAACACCAACGAGUGCACCUUCUCUGUGGUCGUCAAAGAUUCUGAACCUCCUGACCUAACUUGUCCAGUACGGAUGACAGAGGGCAUGGAUGAGGACCAGUCGGUGGGUACCAUAUCCUUUGAUAUCCCUGAGGCCGUUGACAACUGGGACAAGGAUCCACAAGUCGCCUGCACCCCGGAUUCUGGCUCGAAAUUUAACGCUGGAGAAAAUGUUGUGGUGUGCACCGCCACUGAUGCAUCUCACAACAAGCAGAACUGCACCUUCAUCAUUGAGAUCGAAGAUCGGCAAAAACCAGGGAUCUCUUGUCCAGGGAAACAGCAAGACUCUACUGAUCCGAAGAUGUCAUAUGCCACUAUUGAGUAUGAUCUGCCCAGAGGGGAAGACAACGCUGACCCCAAGCCAACAGUUGAAUGUGAUAAAAUGCCCAAUUCUGAAUUGGGUGUCGGAUCACAUACAAUUACGUGCAUAGCCAAGGACAAUGCGGACAACAGUAACACUUGCACGUUUGAAUAUGAAGUCACAGAUAAGGAAGAACCCGUGUUCAACUGUCCAAUCACCAUGAGCGAUGUUUCAGUUGAUGCGGGCCAAUCCUACGCCACAGUUUCAUACACUCUACAAGUUGCCACAGACAACGCUGACCCUAGCCCCAAUGUUUCCUGCAACAAAACAUCUGGCUCCACGUUCCCACUUGGCGAGACAGUUGUUUCAUGCACUGCUUUGGACAAGUACGGCAACUCCAAGACAUGCACUUUCCGUGUUGAUGUUAUAGAUGACGAAGAGCCGGUGUUUGAUUGUCCACUUCCUAUGUCCGAGCCCACGGAUAAGGGUGCACCAACUGCUUUAGUGACGUACCCUGUACUGACUGCUAUUGAUAAUGUGGAUAAGGAGGUGCCAGUGACCUGUAAUCCAUCAUCGGGCACAGCACUGGGAGUUGGACUGACCGUUGUCAUGUGCUCUGCCGUCGAUAACGCUGGCAACCAGAAGAAAUGUGCAUUCAACAUUACAGUCACAGACGAAGAGGAUCCAGAAUUUGAGUGCCCGCUGCCUAUGACUGACAUACCCACUGAUGCUGGUCAGCCAUACGCCACUGUGGACUACACUCUCCCCAAAGUCACUGACAAUGUGGACUCUGACAUCGUUGCCUACUGUGCCCAAGAGUCAGGCUCCAAGUUUACUAUAGGAAAGACAAACGUUUCUUGUAUUGCCACUGACAAAUCCAAAAACACAAAGAACUGCAAGUUCUCCAUUGAAGUGAAGGAUGACGAAGAACCUAAUUUCAAGUGCCCCAUGUCCAUGACGAAAUCUACGGACGCUGGCCAGUCAACAGCCAACAUUACCUACACAGUUCCGACGGCACUGGACAAUUCAGGUGAAAGUGUCCUGGUUACCUGCACUCCAGGAUCAGGCACAGCAUUUGAUGUUAGCAAAACUACUGUCACAUGCUCGGCCACUGAUUCAGCUGGCAACACCAGGACCUGCCCAUUUACUAUCACUGUUGAAGACAAGGAAGAUCCAAAGUUAAAAUGUCCAGAAGAUAUGAACAACCUAAGCACCAAUGUUGGGCAGGCUUCCGCUACAGUCAACUACUCUGUGCUGGAGGUGUCUGACAAUGUCGAUGCUGAUGUACAAGUGGUUUGCACAAAAGUCUCAGGCUCUACGUUCUCCGUUGGAGAAGUUGACGUGGUUUGUACUGCUACCGACAAGGCGGGCAAUUCGGCCGACUGUAGUUUCUCCGUGGAAGUUAAGGACAAGGAGAAGCCGGAGUUUGAUUGUCCAAUUGAUAUGGAUGUUCCUACCAACAAGGGUGCACCCACUUAUUCACUGACUUACACCACACCCAAAGCUACUGAUAAUGUGGACGGUAGUGUAAAGGUAACCUGUUCCCCAAAGCCCGGCACACCGCUCGGUAUUGGAGAACACGUGGUCACAUGUUCAGCCCAGGAUUCCUCAGGCAACAUAAAGACGUGCCCAUUCAACAGAGUAGUGAAAGAUGAGGAGGCCCCAGAGUUUGAAUGUCCCCUGCCCAUGCCAGAUGAAACGGUUGAUUCGGGUCAGUCGUAUGCCACUGUCGACUACGUUUUACCGGAAGGGACCGAUAAUGUGGAUACAAACAUACAGGUCAACUGCAUGGAUCCCCCUGGGUCGGAGUUUCCAAUCGGCCAACGGAAUGUCACCUGUUCCGCCACUGACUCUGCUGGAAAUUCCAAGUCAUGUUCCUUCCCUGUUAAUGUCCGUGAUAAUGAGGGGCCAAAGUUCGAGUGCCCGAUACCCAUGGAUUUGUUCAUUAAUGCCGACCAGUCAACUGCAGUAGUGUCCUACACUUUACCAAUUGCAACUGAUAAUGUUGAUGGCACCGUAAAAGUUACCUGCACCCCGGAAUCCGGCACGGCACUUGGUGUUGGAAGAAUUAUGGUCAAAUGCACUGCAACUGAUACCUCUAACAUCGAGGAGACUUGCGAGUUCCCUGUCGUCAUUAAAGAUAAGAUUAGUCCAGAAUUUGAAUGUCCAUCUCUGACUGAAGUCAAUGUUGACCCUGGUAAGGCAUAUGCCACAGUCACUUAUGACGUGCCGAUGGCAAAGGACAAUGUGGAUGGCACUGUGAUGGUCAAUUGCGAAAAACCCUCAGGAAGCACUUUUGGCAUUGGAACAUCAACGGUCACCUGCUCAGCCACCGACAGCUCCAACAACAAGAAGACAUGCACGUUUGUGGUCGAUGUAACAGAUAACGAAGCUCCGGUGUUCACUUGCCCGAAAAACAUGAAGAAAUCCACAGAUGAGGGUUCAGCAACGGCCACGGUUUACUACAGUACACCAAAGGCAACCGAUAUUGGGGACGGCAGUGUGCAAGUAACCUGUGACCCAGUUUCAGGCACAGCUUUUGCUGUUGGAGUAAACGAGGUCACAUGUUCAGCCUCCGAUUCUGCAGGCAACAAAAAGACAUGCCCAUUUGAUAUUACGGUCGAAGACUUAGAAGCACCAACUCUUACCUGCCAGUCUUCUGAGGAUGUUACUACCGAUCAAGGCAAAGAUUAUGCUACCGUCAACUACCCUCUACCGAAAGCCAAUGACAACGUUGACGCCAGCUCAGUCCUUACGGUCAUCUGCAAUAAAGCGCCAAGCUCUACGUUUACGAUGGGGCCAACCAUGGUCACCUGCAGCACCACCGACAGUAGUGGCAAUUCAGCAAAUUGUACUUUCCCCAUAAAUGUCUCAGAUGAUGAAGAUCCCAAGUUUGACUGCCCAAAGUCCAUGACAGUACCCACGGAUAAGGGUGAGCCCAAUGCUGCAGCGCCCUACACGACACCGACAGCAACUGAUAAUGUGGAUGGCAGCGUGCAAGUGACCUGUGACCCUGCAUCAAAUGCACCAAUUGGUAUAGGAGAAACCACUGUUACUUGUAGCGCCACUGACUCUUCAAGCAACAAACACGCCUGCCAAUUCAAAAUCACAGUCCAAGAUAAAGAAAAGCCCAAGAUUACUUGUCCAGCUGACAUGACCAACGAGUCUCCGGAUCAGGGUCAGUCAUACGCCACCAUCACAUACCAGUCGCCAGAAGCGACUGACAACAGUGGUAUCAACCCUUCAGUUUCCUGUGACAAAAAGCAAGGCCAACAGUUCCCAGUUGGCUCCGCCAAGGUCACGUGCACUGCCGUAGAUAAGGCUGGCAACAGCGAAACCUGCUCCUUCAUGGUUGUAGUCAAAGACACUAUGCCACCGGAAGUCAACUGUCCGACUGACAUGACCUUUAGCUCUCCCAGCAAUAUCGACUUUGUCGUCUCCCGGGACACCAGCGCUAUUGACGAUGAUGGAUCAGCCUACCCGGUUACCUGCGACAACGCCGAGUUAUUGUACUCCAAUGGCCCCAACACUGUCACCUGUCAAGCCACAGAUGCAAACGGCAAUACCGCCAAGUGCACAUUUGAUAUCAACAUUAAACCCGAGCCAUGCGAAAUCCGUACCGAAAUGAACAGUUACAACACGUACAAGGAGUGCGCCACUCCGCUUGACCCCAAGAAAUUUACUCAAGUCUGCUUCAACGCUACCAGUGCUCACAACGUGUUUGUCGCCAUCUGGCACUGCCAAGACCCAGUUCUGCAGCCUGGCAUGGUCGAUUUGAAUAUCUACGAUGGCGUUGUGGAAAUCAUGCAUAAUACUGACUUUGUGCUGGAGGCUGUCGCGGGCUUCAGCAGUGAACCCAAAAUGUGCGUGAGACGAGAACUCACAGAAAUCCUCAUUCUCUUUGAGGGCAGAAUUCUGUACUCAACAUCGACUACUUCCCCAAAGACGGAGGUUGGCUUCGCUUCCAGUGACGCUGCCGUGUGGACCGUGAUGCCAACCUUUGGAUCAAUAGCGGAUAGAAGGCGACGACGCUCUGUGGACGAUGAUAGCCCCCUUAGGGAAGCUGUCCAAAGACGGCGCCGACGUUCUACAGAUGAAGAUGAUGGGACUUUGAAAGUUACAUCCACCAAGCUGGACAGGCGCCGUCUUUAAGAAGACGGUGAGGAGACGAGAGGUAGCAUGGUGAACAGGAAAUGACGAUGAAUUAGGAAAUACCGACUUUGGAUCUGCAGUAGUAACAUGACAUAGGAUCAAACUGACCUGGCAUAUAUUUUUGCUUUUGCGUUAAUGUGAAAUGGUGGAGGUUUUUUGAGGAUUCCAAAACUAACAUAAAUGGUGUUGCUAGAUUUUAUCCCAGAUCUUCGAUAUAGCAGGAUGCAGUCCAGACAGACAAUUGAUACGCCAAUUCAGUUUUGGCAGUUGAAAGAAAAAUGGACUUAUUUUAGAAUCAUCAGAUUAUUUUUAUUAAGUUACCAGUUACUGUAUUUCGCCCAGGGUUAGGAAUUCUGAUACCUUGAUUUAGAGAUUACUUCAUGCAGUCAUUUGCAAAAGUUUAGGACCACCCAUACAAAAAUGCAUUAACCUGAAGAAAAACCAAACUUAAUGCCAAUCA